AUGGCGCCGACUCGGAAAGAGUGCCACUGUAUUUUUGUGUCAGACGACAUUGGCUACGUGGUCUACUCAGCUCUGGGCAGCUUCUACAUACCUUCCUGCAUCAUGGUGUUCGUGUACAUUAGGAUAUACUUCGCUGCUAAAGCCAGGGCGAGGAGGGGAAUCAGAAAGAAUCCAAGGCCCAGGCCUAAUGAACAACAAACGAGUUUCAGUAAUCCGAAAGGGACUCGACCUAUGCCGGUCACCCAUCCCAUGCCGGCAGGUCACCUCACUAAUAAUAACGGGGAAAGCCAAAUAUCGACCAUAGAAGCGCCUCAAGUCCAGAUUCCCACGGUGACCUGUGACCUCGCUUCGGACAUCUCGACGAGCGAAGCAGGGGACACUAUACCUCCCCCACCUGACGAAGGGAAGCACACUUUAAAGGUAGUUACAUCAGCACAAGUUACGAAAAACCCGCUGGCUUCGUGCCCUCACAGAAGUUCCACGUUGUCCGUAAACGGUGAGCUCCAACUUCAACAAACAAGGGGGCGAGCACCAAGCGUCGCCAUCGACGCUGACAUGGUCUCUGAACUAGAACCUUCUUCUUCAGAUUCCGGCGUCGUAAGCCGCUGCGGGGGCGUCAAACCUCUCAAACUGCGGAUCUUCAAGAAGUCGGACAGAAGACAGGAAAAAUCCCAACCGAGCAAGUCCGAGUUGGAACCAGCUCUCCCUAAGCCGCACAAGCCGAGAGACCCUGAGAGGGAGAAGAAGAGAUUAGCGAGAAAAAAAGAGAAGAGAGCUACGUUAAUUCUAGGUUUAAUCAUGGGCAGUUUCAUAGCUUGUUGGCUGCCAUUUUUCUUCUUAUACAUAUUGAAAGCAGCUUGCAGACAAUGCGUGAUACCACCAAAUGCGUUCGCGAUAGCGUUCUGGUUAGGUUAUAUGAACUCUGUGUUGAAUCCUGUUAUUUAUACGAUAUUUAAUAAGGACUUUCGCAGGGCCUUCAGGAGGAUCCUGUUCAAGUGAUGUUUAGCUUACCUGUGCUGCUAUAGGUGCGUCGCUAACCGUAUUAUGUUAGCUCAGCAGAGGGCAGCACCAGGUCUUUACAAUGUACGUUAAUCAUAAUCAUUAACAGCCUCAUGUGA